UAAUAAAUAGGAAUUACAGAAACUAUCGAUAAAUCUUAAUGAUAACAAUAACACAACCAAAAUAAUAGCAAGUUAGUAUAUGAAGUUAAAUGAUAAACUUACAAAAUAUACGUUAAUACCCCAAUAGCCCACAUAUCUAUAGCAAAAGUAAUAGGAUCGAAGUUGACAAUUUCCGGGGCUGUCGCAAGUGUAAAAAAAGAGAGAGAUGAACGAUACAAAAAUAAAUCUUUCCCAAAGAUCAAUUAUGGGUGGUUUUAGAAUCUUCCUUUUGUGGUGUACCCCUUGAGGAUAAUAUUCCCCCCUGUCCCUGUGCCAGAGUCUCCCUUCUGCUGCAAGUGGGAUUUUCUCUAGCAGUAGCAGAACGAGAAUUAAAGUUCGAGCACAGAGACCUACAUUGGGGGAAUGUUUUGCUCAAUGAAAAUUAUAUAUUCCCUCUUGCAAAUAAGUCGACAAUGUCGUCGACGUUGUUAUCCUCUUCUUCUUCCGCCUCCUCCUCCUCCUCCCGCUCCAUCUCCUUGUGUACAUCCUCAAGAAAUUCUUGCAAAUAUUGUUCUUAUCUGGACAAUAUGGAUGGAGUGGAACAAGAAGAAGGAUCUGAUAAGGAAAAUAAGAGACAUGUCAUUAAUGAAGAAGAAGACGCUGAUGACAAAGAAUUGCACAUUAAUAAUAAUAAUAAAUACGUACAAUUUCGUCUGAAUGAUCAGGCGAUCAGUGUUCCGAAAUGCGGUUGCACAGUAUACCUCAUAGACUUUACCAUGUCUCGUUUAGAACAAGAUGGUGAUUUAGUCUAUGUUGACUUAAGUAGUGACCCUACUUUGUUUCAGUCGCAAGGAGAUUAUCAAUUUGACAUAUAUCGUCACAUGAAAUCGCACACUCGAAAUAAUUGGAAGAAGUUUUCACCGAAAACCAAUGUAAUGUGGUUUCACUACCUAACAACAAAACUAUGCUGUGAUUUGCCCGAACUAGCCUCAUCAUCUCCUGCAUCCGCCUGCAUCAAACGUCGUCAUACCAUUUGUUGUAAACACCUGAAAGACUUAGAGUUGAGCACGCGGAAAUUCAAAUAUAAAUCCGCAUUCGACUUGGUGACAACACAUAAAUUGUUUAAAAAUUGUCGGCAUUUCUUUAGUGAUAAGUAACUGCUCCAAACGUGAUUGUGAAUGUGUGUGUGUGUGUGCACUGCCCUUUCACUUUGUGAAUUGUGCUGUUUUUUAUAUAUUUUUUUUCCUUCAGUCUUUCAUUGGCGUCUUCCUGUUUUUGUUUUCAGCGCCCUCAGAUUUGUUUUUUUAUACUUUAGUAAUACUAUUGUUAUUAUUAUUAUUUUUCUAUUGUUUUUAUUUUAUUGAUUGAGAUAGAAAUUAGGUGUAAUAUUUUCUAAUGUCUGUUAGCUGAUAAAGUUAUUCAGUUGAAAUAUAGGCAUUUGUUGUGAAUUAUUGCUUGUGUUAAAUACAUAUUGAAUGCAUCCAAGCUGUGUUUCAGUUUGAGAAGGCUAGUGGCGCACAACUACACCACCCCAGUGUGAUUGAUUGACUGACUGGAACUGUCAUCAGAUAGCUUGAAGCAUUGAAAAAAAAAUACACCAAGAGUUACCGGAGUGUUUGUUAUGUUCCUAUCAGUUUUCAACUCUUCGGCAAUAUGAGGAUCCGUGUCCCUAAUCGGCGGUCGGAAUCAGAGUUUGUAGGUUAUGUGGGAGAUUCGUUGGCCAUUUAGCCAC